UGGUGGAAAAGUGUUUCUGUCUUGUAAUAAGUUUAAAAGCUUGUAAAAUUAAUUGGUUUUUGCCGGUUUUUAUGUGCGUCUACGAAGUCGUUUUUGUGUUUUUCACAUGCAAAGCAUUGUGCGCAAUUUAACAUGGAAAAGACAGAAGAAGAACGACGUCAAUUAGUUGCGCGCAGAGGCACGAAAAAAGGUACUCUAACAAGAUUGAAAAACAAAAUGGAAGAAUCGUAUAUAAACGAUAUAGAAAUGCUAAAACUGAUGGUAGAGAGGGCCCAGACGGCAUUCCACGAUUAUGAAGAUCUGUGCGAGAAAAUAGGUGAUGAGGAGGAUCCCAUUGCUGUCGAAACGACUUUUUAUGAAUGCGUCGCAGCAAUGCGGCAGCGAAUUGCGGAUUUAUCGGCACCUGUACCCACCCCUGCCGUUUUGCCGGCAGUGACGCCUAAAGUGUCGUCGAAAAUAAAGUUACCGAACAUACAAAUACCAUCAUUCAAUGGCAAGUAUACAGAAUACAGACCUUUCAUAGAAAUGUUUACUGCCCUUGUGCAUAACAAUGAAGGGUUCGACAAUAUACAAAAGUUUUUUUACCUGAGAAGCUUCCUAAAAGCUGAGGCAUUUGAUUUAAUCAAAAACUUACCUGUCAUCGGUCAAAGUUAUUCCGAAGCUCUCAAAAUUUUAGCUGAUAGGUACGAUAAUAAAUAUAAAAUCAUCAAUGAGCACAUAAAUGCUUUGUUUGAGUUGCCAAUGCUAACUAAGUCAAGUCCUAGUGCUUUACGCUCAUUGAUUUCAAUAACAAAACAGCAUUUAGCUGCAUUAAAAAACCUUGAUGAGGCCAUUGAAAAAUGGGACAGCAUUCUCAUUUGCCUAUUAAAUAAAAAACUAGACCCAGUUACUAACCGAGAGUAUCAUUUGCAUAGGGAUUCCUCAAAACAGCCAACCUUUAAUGAUUUUUUGAAAUUUGUAGAAGGUCGGGCCCUUGCCCUAGAGAACAGUGAGGGACGGGGUGAUACAGCAAGCUGUGCUGCUGGCAAAGUAGCUCCAGUGAAGAUGGCAUCGUCAUCAUUUGUCACUACCAAAGCAUCCCAAGGCUGUCUGUACUGUGUGCCUGUUGUCGCAGCCUGAGGAGCUGCGCGAUCCUGAUGCCGCACCCAGCUUGGUUCACACACAGUUUGGUUACAUAGUAGGAGGUGAUGUUCCAUCUUCUAUUCUUAAACGACCUGCUGUUUCUCUUUUCUGUCAAGAAUGUCAAAGUGAUGUACGCGAUACUAUGUCUAAUUUUUGGCAAACAGAAAAAGUACCUGAAAUAUAUGCGGAACAUACAUCUGAACAACAACAGUGCGAAAAAUUGUUCACUGAAACUGUCAAACUUGAAGACAAUCAAUUUACAGUUUCAUUGCCAUUAAAAAUACCUAUCUAUGAUGUGAACAAUACAUUGGGGGAUUCAUUUGGGUUAGCUCUCAAGAGAUUUUAUAAUCUCGAGAAGAGAUUUCAGAAGGAUCAGAAUUUGUAUGAAGGUUAUAAGGAUUUCAUACAUGAAUAUCUCGACUUAGGUCAUGGAUCAUAUGUUGACAUUUCCUCAUAUGAUCUUACUAAAGAUCCUGUGUACUUUAUGGGACAUUCAGCUGUUUUAAGGCCGGAUGCAGUAAGUACCAAGCUCCGGGUAGUCUUUGAUGGAUCUAUGUUAACGAGUAAUAAGAUUUCAUUGAAUAAUAUUUUAAUGAAUGGACCAACUGUUCAACAGGAACUGUUCGACAUACUGUUGUCAUUUAGAGUGCACAAAUAUUUCAUUGCUUGUGAUAUCAGGCGUAUGUUCCGAAAUAUUUUAGUACAGAAAGAUCAGCGAUCUUUGCAAAAUAUUCUCUGGCGAGACACUCCU